AUGGACAAGCUACCUCGAGAGCUGCUUCUCAUGGUUCUAGACAAUCUAGAAAGAGAUGCCGGUUUCCAUUGGAUUCCGCAGGAAUUGUUAUUCAGCGAGAGCGAGAGCAGAGUCUCAAGCCCAACUUCAUCUCUAAUUGCGAUGUUUGACAUUUCCCUCACUAAUCAUCACUAUCACGCCAUCGUCACUCCACGAAUUCAAAAAGUCCUGAAUAAGGCACUGGCAAAGGCUCUCGACAUGGAAGUACCUUGGGCUAGCUCAGAUAAGGCUUUUUUGGACCUCGACUGGAGAUUCGAGCCAAUUAUGUUCUACUUCUACACUCUACGACAUUGCUGGCCUAUCUUUCGGAAAUGGGCAAUCUGGAAGUUGUUGCCGACAGCCGAGUGUGGAUUGAGAUCAGCACAUGACGGCAUUUUCAAUGAGUCGUAUUGGAAAGAACGUCAAUUUUCAAACCGCGUUUCGGGAUUCUACAGAGGCUACCUACCUGUGGCUACUUUCUUUGGCGUAGUGAAGGCUUUUAACCAGGAUGUUGUGGAGGUCAGGCAUCAUGAAGAGACGAAUGAGCUAUCUAUUUGUAGGAAAGCGGUUAAAUAUGACGAUGACACUGAACCAGCUCGUUCUAACUGA